UCCACAUCCCAAUGUGAUUAGUAUUUUGUCCCUGAGUGGGUACCGUAGAAGCAGGAAGUACAAGAAAAGCUACAGUAAAACAUAAACACAUUGAGGCGAAUUUAUUCCCCCCUAAAAAAAAAUCACAUUUGAGUCAAAAUUGGGAGUAUAAAUACAAUGUCAGCGACUAACGACUCACGCUGCGUAUUUUUUAACACACAUUCAGAGGACUAUCGAUGCGUGGUGAUUUUAACAGUAAAACGAGCCGCAGGCACAUUCUCCUUAGUUGGAUGUCUUUUCAUGCUGUUUGUCAUCUGGCUGCUCCGCAGAUAUCAGUCGUUGGCUCAGAAGAUGAUCCUCAGCCUGACUGUAGCUGCUUUUUUCGACAGUGUAGCGUAUGUCAUGGGGGAGUCACAUCCAGAGGGAUCCCUCUGUGACUUUCAGGCCUGGUGGCUAACUUACUUCGACUGGAGUGCCUUGGCCUGGGUUUGCCUCAUCACUUUGAAUCUGUAUUUCAACCUGGUCCGAGAAAUAAGCACCAACAGAUAUGAGAUGUUGUACCAUCUGAUGGCGUGGGGGGUGCCUCUGGUCAUGGCCUCUUUACCACUGCUGAAGGGUUACUAUGGCCCCGCGGGAGCGUGGUGCUGGAUCACAGACGAUCACGUAGCCUGGAGAUUUGGGAUAUGGUACGUGCCUCUGUUCACCCUCAUCUUCCUGAUGAUCUGCUGCUACGCUAGGAUCAUCUGUGUGGCCAAUGCGAGGUUGCAGUCAUGGUUGGGAACCUUCAACCCAGAGAGGGAGAGACGAAAGGUUUCCUUGGCUGAGGAGAUCAAGCCGUUGAAGUGGUAUCCCUCUGUUUACCUGCUGGUGUCUAUCUUUCCCCUCAUCAACAGGCUCCAUAACGCCUUCUACCCACAGGGUCCAUCGUUCCCCCUCACCUUGUUACACGUCCUGUCAGCACCACUUCAUGGCUUGGCCAAUGCCUUUGUCUUUGGCCUGGAUAGGGAUUGGUGGAGCCUACUGAGUCCGACUGGCAUGCAGCUGGCUCUGCAAUCGCGGCUGUGUGACAGGACUCGCAUCGGAGAGUACCACCCCGGGGCAGUGCGCUACACACAAGCUGACCUGGUUGACCUCAGCGAUGACGACGACGAUGACGACACCAACGUGCUCUUCUACUCUCCUGACAUGACCCUGAAAGGCCGAGGGCCCUGAGAAGAGAGAGAGGAACAGAGAGAGGGAGACAAACGAGCUGGAGGGAAGGAAAAUGAAGGAGGGUCAGAGCCAGAGAAAAACACAGCAGAUUAGAAACUGAGAGGAAGAAAAAAAGAGGUAGGGAGGGAAUGGAAGGGAAGAUUGGGGGGACAGUCAGGCAGAUAGAAGCCGGAGAUGAGCUGUCAGGUUUCAUUAUUAAUCCCCAUCCUUUACUAUUUAAUAUCCUAAAGACACACACAGAGGCUGUGCUGAGCAGCAGCUCUGUGCAAUACCAUCAUCCAAGAGGAGCGAGAAAGGAGUGGCUCUAAUGUUAAAGGCAUCGCCUGCAUCUCACAGGUCUUGAGAUGAUUUUCCUCUCUGCAUCACCUUCUCGAUUCCUGCGUCCUGCAGUAUUUUUGCCCCCCCUCCCCCAAAAUAUAAAUAAAUAAAAAAAGAAAAAUGCAUAAAGAACAACUGAAAGGCAAUCCUAACAAGGUGUUAGCAUUUGCUGCAAAUCACCUUUUUGCUUCUCUGCAGGAGAUGAGGUGAAAAGCAGCUUCUUUUUUUCUUCUUUUUUUUUAAAAAAAAGAGAGAGAAAGAAAACAACUGUUUGUCAGACAUGAAAGCAUCUUCAGAUUGAUCCCAGCACGGAACUGUUUCUCUGAGAGGGAUACUGAGAAAAUAUAGAAGGGAAUUUUUUUUUUUUUUUUUUUUUAAAGCAACAAAAAAAAGCGUAAAUAUGACUUGGAAGGAUAAAUACGUCCCGAACACCAGUGUUGCUUGUACAGAGUCUCUCCUUUGUAUUUGUAUAUGACUUGUACAUUACUGUUGAUGUCAUCUUCAAAGUAUUCCUUUGUAAUGUUUCUGAAAUACCAAACGUGUUUUCUACGCGAUAUUUAUAUCAGAUCGAUGUACUGUAUAUAUUUAUGUGUACACUCUAUUUUUGUUACGUGCCUUGGACUGGAAUGUAAAGAAAAGACUUGAACCUGCCCCUCUCACGCGACAGUUGAGCAGAGCCUGAUAACAUGUGUAGCCUUAAGAACAGCUAAACAGUACUUUGUUAGUCAAACAACCCCCUCCCCACACACACACACACACACAUAUUCACACAAAGAGUCAUGCGUCUCUGUUAAGUCCCUGUCAAAACAGGGUGGUAGUGAUGACAGACGCUGCUCACAUGACACGGCUACAGCGGCGUGUGAUGGUUGGUCCUGAGUCAGCAGUGCUGAGGUGUGACCGGCAGGAAAAUAGAGUCACUUUGUAUUCAACCUAGGCCCAUUUGGUUUUUCCCAUAUGUAGGUGGUUUCAUCAGUGUCGGCGUGGCGCACGCUUCCUGCUGUCAGCUGCCUCUCUGACAAGUUGAACUAAUGAACCGACACUUGACCCUUUUUUACCCUUGGGUUGUUGAACUUUUCUGCCGGGCGUCAAUGACACCGGAGUGCAACUUAAGUUUGCAGUUCACGGAGGCCGACUACUGAAUUACACACACACACACACUCGCACACACGUUUGCAGUGUGCCCCCACCCAUUUGUGGCACUGUUGCUCGUUUUACUUGACUGCGCACUCCAUCAAAUAAAUGAGCAGGAGAGACAUUUCAUAACAAA